AGGCCAGCGGUCGGUUCACGGCUGCGGCGCGACGGCGAGAAGCCGAGGACUGAGGCGGCGAGGUGCCGGGCGGAGGCGCGGGCGCAGGCGCGCGGCACUAUGGCAGGGCGGUGGGUCAGCGUCAGCAGCGACUACGAGCUUCAGCCGGUGCCCAGCCAGGCGGUGGGCGAGGCGGCUGCGUGUGGCCUAUGGACAGGGCAAGCUGGGAAUGCAUCGGGCAUCGGGACUCGGGCAGGGCCAGCGGCCUGCCACCGACGAGGCAGCGACGGCGAGGCGAGCAGGCGGCCAUGCGCAGUGCCGCUAUCCCGGUGUCCCCGCUCGCCACUUCCCCAGCCGCAGCCAGCAAACAUCAGCGAGCUAGUUCUAUUAUGUAUGACAGCAUCUAGCUUCCUACCCAGCUGCACACAGAGGCUGCAUGUGGCCUAUGGACAGGGCAGGCUGGGCAUGCAUCGGGCAGCGGGACUCAGACAGGGCCGGCGGCCGGCCACCAACGAGGCAGCGACGGCGAGGCGAGCAGGCGGCCAGGCGCAGUGCCGCUAUCCCGGUGUCCCCGCUCACCACAUCCCCAGCCGCAGCCAGCCAACGUCAGCGAGUUCUAUUAUGUAUGACAGCAUCUUGCUUCCUGCUCAGCUGCACACAGAGGCUGCGGAGGGUCGGGGUUUGAGGCUGGGAGCACCAGAGCUAGCAAGGCUGGCGAGCUGCGCGUGCAGUUUGUCAAAUGGAAUGAGGUGGCUGAGCUUGGAAUUUGAUGACUGGUAUUUGUGUAGUUGAACAUAAAGGUUGUGAUCGCUUUUGGUGCUAUGGAACUUGGUGGUGUAUGUGGCUGCUCGAACUUGGUGCAAGCUACUGGUUACUUGCAGGUUGACACUUUUGGUGGCUGGAAUUUUUUUGCGUUGGUUGCUCAAACCCAGGAUUUUUGUAGUCGGCUGGGACUUGUGUAGUUGGAUGGUGGAUGGAUCAUUUUUAUUCAUGCUGUGUUUUUUAUAUGAACAUAUUGGAUACUGUAUUCUGAAACAUGCUUUUGUAUGUGCCGAAAAAUUAAUUAUGGCUCGAAUGUGAUUAUAAUAUAAUUAUGCAAAUGGUUUUGGUUUAUAUUCUAUGAUUUCUUUUUAAUUGGCCUGGCCCAUAAUAUGGGCUAGAAU